AUGAUAAUUUUUGUGAUGUUUUUAAUGCAGGUGGGAUAUUCUUUAAAUUUUAAAAUGUAAAAUUAAUAUAGACUAACUGGUACAGAUCUCUUUCCUGGUUUAGGAUUUAAUCCAGUAUUAAAAUUGAAUAAACAAUGCAAAAUUGAUCUAACUCCUAUCUAAAUGAAAAAAAUUGACUCAAAUUUAAUUCAGUUAAUCUAAAAAAUGCUUGAAAAAGACCAUCAAAAAAGGAUAUCAGCUAGUUCUUGCUUAAAAGAUUAUUUUUUGAUAAUGGUUAUAAUUAAAAAGUGA